GGAACCCGCUAUCCAUCACCUCUACUGGAACCCGCUAUCCAUCACCUCGGGUCCCGCAGAUCUACUAGAACCCAGUAUCCGUCACCUCUACUGGAACCCGGUAUCCGUCGCCCCGUGUCCCGCAGAUCUACUGGAACCCCCCAGAGUCUGGAACCCCGCGUACAGUAGAUCUUCUGGAGCUCCAGUAUCCAUCACCCCACCGCUUGUCUUAGGAAUAUGCCCCAGUUGCUUGUGGCCGUGCAGUCACCAUUCCCAUCGACAUGACCUCCAGCCCAUUACGUGGCCGGCCCUUUUACUGCCGGGAAUGGGCCCUGCAAAGACUGCAGCACUGUCUGGAGGGUCUAGGAGGAGCUCGGGCCCCCGGCAUACUCAUUACAGGGGCCCCAGGGGCAGGAAAGACUGCUUUGUGCGCGGAGAUCCUGUGGCCUUCCUCCGAGAUCGGGUACAGCACUGGGCUCGGCGUCAGGGUUCUGGCGUACCACUUCUGCCGGGCUCACGCGCAUGCCAGUCUCUGCCCGCACCAGUUCAUUGCCGGCCUGGCACAGCAGCUCCGAGACAGCCCCCUCAUCAGCGGCUACAACGAGAGAGUGCAGGAGCCGGACCCCAGCGGGGAUGUCGAUGACAAGUUCAAGAGGCUGGUCCUCCUUCCCUUGAUCUCCGUGCCGCCUCCUUCGCAGAACCUGCUGCUCCUCGUCGACUCCGUGGAUGAAAUGUGCUGUUGCUGCCGGUCGGACGGCUUCGCCGCAGAGUCCAGCUGCAGCAUCGCAGAGCUCCUGGCAAGUCACCAUCAUCUUCUCCCACCGUGGCUGCUGCUCGUGUGCACCGUGCGGCGCCAGAACAAGGCGGCCACCAGGAUGUUCACAGGUUUCCGGAGGCUUUGCCUGGACGACCUGCGGAAGGCGCAUGUAGUGCGAGACGUGCAGCAGUACAUCCUGCGCCGCCUGGACCGGGAGGAGAACCUGCGCAAGCACCUGACGCUCGACACGGCGGAAAUGCUCAACCAGCUGCACAUAAAGAGCAACGGCUGCUUCCUGUACCUGGAGCGCGUGCUGGACGGGGUUUCCGACGGCUCCGUCGUGCUGAGAGAGAUCCGCCACAUGCCCGGCACGUUGAACGGACUCUACCUGUGGCUGUGCCAGAGACUGUUCCCCGGGCGGCACUUCUGCCAGGUGCAGACGAUGCUCAACGCGUUGCUGGCCUCGCCGCAGCCCCUCGCCCCGUCCCGGCUCUACGAGGCUGUGCGGACCAAGCAAAUGAAAGGAUGGAGCCCCGAGGACUUCGGCAGGAACCUGGCGUCUCUCUCUGGGCUGCUUCUUCCUUCGGACGGCCCGGACAGUCCGCUAGUCCUGUUCCACCAUAGCUUCUCGGAGUGGCUUCUGGACGUGAAAUAUUGUACCCAGAAAUACCUGUGUAACGUGGCAGAGGGUCACAGCAUGCUUGCCAUGGGCCUCUCGACCCGCGCACCGAAUCUGACACCGAAAGAGGUCCACCAGCUGGCCAGACAUCUCCUGCUGUCCGACCUGCCGGGCCUAGAACCCUCUCACUUAGCUCUGUGGCUUCUGUGGACAGAAGUUCCCAUCUCCGACUGUUUGGUCUCCAACAUCCAUCUAGAGCUGGAGGUCCUGCAGCUUCUGCUCUUGGCUCGGGGUGCCCCGGACGGUCCCUGUGACGUCGUGGACUCCGGUGCCCUCAGGAGGACUUUGGGCAGAGGAGGCUCGGUGGAGAUGCUGCUGGCCAGCGGGGCCGGGGUACAUCAGCGGGACAGAUCUGGAAGGACUCUACUGGCCGCUGCAGCCCAAGCCGGAAACUUAGAAGCAGUAAAAUUGAUGAUUUCCAGAGGAGCAAAUCUGGAGGCCGCUGAUGAAGAAGGACAGACGGCUUUAGGACUUGCAGCACACCAGGGACACCUUUCCGUGGUGCAACUACUCCUUCAACACAGUGCCCGUCAUGACCGUACUGACAGCCGUGGAUGGACUCCUCUUCGGUCGGCUGCCUGGGGAGGACACACAGAGGUAGUUCAAGCAUUACUGGCAAGCAGGGCCCAUCCCGACGUCUCUGGUCCCGACGGGCGCACUGCGCUCAGAGCGGCCGCUUGGGGGGGACAUGAGGGGCCCGUUAAAGCUUUAUUAGCGGCUGGAGCUCGGGCGGACCAGGCAGACGCAGAGGGCCGCACACCUCUGAUGGCAGCGGCGUACAUGGGCCACAGGUCAGUGGCAGAGCUGUUCUUGGACGCAGGAGCUGACAUAAACUGGCGUGAUUCAGAAGGACGCACCGCACUUUCGGUGGCCUGCCUCUGUGUGCCUGCGGGUCAGGACUACCCCGAGUUAGUGUCCUUAUUGCUGGAGCAUGGGGCGGAUCCAGAACUGGAAGACAAAGAUGGGGUGACCCCGCUGCUGGUGGCUGCAUAUGAGGGGCAGGCGGAGGUAGCCGAGCUCCUGCUUGAGGCUGGAGCGGAUCCUGACAGAGAGGGCAAGUGCAGAAUGACUCCACUGCUGGCCGCCGCUUCGGGAGGAUAUUCUGAGACAGUUCGGGUUUUGCUGCUCUGGGGGGCUACCGCAGAUGCCACUGACGCAGAAGGGAGAUCGGCGCUUGCCAUGGCAGCCGCUGCACUUGGUGGAGAGGAGGCAGUGAGGGUCCUGCUGGACAGAGGCCUAGAUGAGAAUCACAGGGACCAGCUGGGUUGGACACCUCUGCACUGGGCAGCCUGUCAGGGCAGGAGAAGCACCUGUCGGACAUUGAUUGAAGGGGGAGCUAAAGUGGGCAUCAGAGACCAUGAAGGCUACACGCCUCUCCUCCUGGCUGCUCAGGAAGGUCACACUGGAUGCGUCGAAUUGCUGCUAAAUCGCGGCUCUCCUGUCGACCAACGCGCCAACGAUGGAAGGACGGCUUUGUGCUCGGCCGCUCUGGUAGGUCAUAGAGCAAUGGCGGAGCUGCUGCUGAGGAGAGGGGCAGAUCCGAAUGUCAAGAACAUGCAGGGCAAACCUCUGCUUUACCUGCUGGUUCUGGGUGGACAGAUCGGAAUGACAGAACUGCUGCUGGAGCAGGGCGCAGACCCCGAAGGGAGAGACCCAGAGGAACGUACAGCUCUCCAUGCCUGCUGCUGGCUCGGAGAUUGGGAUAUGGCUCACCUUCUGCUGGUAAAAGGUGAAGCUCAACCCAAUGCCUCAGACAUGGAGAAGAGGACUCCUUUACAUUGCGCUGCCUGGAAAGGCCACACUAGCAUUGCCCGUCUUCUUCUGGAGAAUGGAGCUUUCUCUGACGCUCAAACCUCCCAGGGGGCCACUCCGCUCUGCAUUGCCGCCCAGGAGGGCCACAAGGAACUUGGUAAGGUGCUCCUGGAGGAGGGGAAGUCCUCUCCUCAUCAUGCAGACCACUAUGGACGUAACCCUAUGCAAGUUGCCGCAAAAGGUGGACAUGUUGCUAUAAUGAAUCUUCUUGAGAGGUAUGGCGUGCCCCCGUAUCAAGGCCCUUUAGGAACCCCCCGUAAUAAAAGUGUAACAGAGAAAAAGACAGUUGAAGGAAGCGGAAGCAGCUGGUCCACCCUGUCGCCGGUGUCCACCGGCAGCCACUCAAUGGACAAUUCUUUGAAGAGUUCACAAGGUUCUGUAUUAACCUCGUCCACCUACCAUUCCCAGGCCACCGUGCCCAUGGACAGCCUGACGUUCACUCAGCAGGUCCAACAGCACUCCUUACCUCGCAGCCGCUCUAGACAGACCCUUGCCCUUAUUGAUAUAACGGGUUUCCAAAACCACUAUGAGUCAACCACUCAACCCAUAAGCCAUCAAAAUCCCAGUUCACCCCAGGAACUGGAUAAAUGGGAACAGAGUACCGCCUGUAACCAGUAUCCAAAACGCGGGAGUCCUGUGACCUCGGGGUCUUCACGCAGCAGGUCACAGGAACGCAGCCAUAUCCUACUUAAAACCAACAGCUCUGGCUAUUCCUCAGGUACAUCCGGCAACACGGACCACAAAGGGACUGGGAACACGAAAACCACCGGUGAUCGUACAACCGAAAACCACGGGAAACCAGUGAACGUUAAGGACCCAGCAAACUUUCCACAGAAGGUCAGAGAACCUUUACGUUCUACUACUAAAGGGAUGUGUGUGGCGCCCCCUACCGGAAAUACUAGAGACCCCGUGUACUCUCCCGGCAAAGCACGGGGCCCUCAGCACAUCCCCACAAACACUCAGGAAACUGUCCAUUAUCCCACCAGGAGUGGGCUCCCUGUGAACUCUUCCACCAGGAGUGGGCUCCCUGUGAACUCUCCCACCAGGAGUGGGCUCCCUGUGAACUCUCCCACCAAGAGUGGGCUCCCUGUGAACUCUCCCACCAGGAGUGGGCUCCCUGUGAACUCUCCCACCAGGAGUGGGCUCCCUGUGAACUCUCCCACCAAGAGUGGGCUCCCUGUGAACUCUCCCACCAGGAGUGGGCUCCCUGUGAACUCUCCCACCAGGAGUGGGCUCCCUGUGAACUCCCCCACCAGGAGUGGGCUCCCUGUGAACUCUCCCACCAGUAGUGGGCUCCCUGUGAACUCCCCCACCAGGAGUGGGCUCCCUGAGUGGGCUCCCUGUGAACUCUCCCACCAAGCCUGA